AUGGCGAAGAAUAACGACAUCGUUUACCAGAUAUGGAAAACCAUGGAGAAAAAGGCGGAGAAAACGGCUCAGGUUAUCAUAAGCAAUAUUAAAAUGCCUAUAUUAGAGACCCUGAAAGUUACAAACGUUUCUCAGCCUUGUAUAUCUAGUAUUUUGUCUCUGAUGUCAGGUUUGACCUACACGAAAACAUGGGCCGCUCAGAUGAUUGAUGCAUCUGGAAAGAUACCAGAAGGAAUCCUUCGAGGCACGAUGAGUGCGUUUGGAUCAUACGACGAGUGUGUUAGUAUUAAAGCUGAUGUAGAAAAUUUUCGAGGACAAUACUGCACUGUGGAAUUUCACCCACAUUUACCUCCAGCACCCCACUUCCAAAGCAUUGCCAAAGGUCUAGAUAUCUUUCGAAAUUUCACAGCGCCAGACAAGGUAUUUAAUAUUAUCUCGAAAAAUGCACACUAUUUCAACUAUCUUUCCUACCGUGUUGGAAUCUGCUUGCCGUCAACAUGUUCUAAAGAAGAUCUUCAGAAAAUGUCCGACAAAGUGUCUUCCUGGAUGUAUAUGUCCAGCCAGGUGAAACGCUGUGAAGUGAAAGAAGAACUAAAGCUGGAGACGUUUCAAAUAUUUGUCAUAGGUAUUUUCCUUGCUGUUGGUUGUCUUGUUAUAUUCGCCACCUUCAUAGACAUCUAUCAAAGAAGAUCAGAUAGGAAAAACGAACAUAUGAACAUCUUGAAAUGCACAUCGACAGACUAUUUACUGACUUUUUCUUUGUACACAAAUGGCAAGAAGCUAUUUAGCACCAAGUCAGCCAGGAAUACAAUUGGAGCUCUCCAUGGAAUCAGAUUAAUAUCAAUCCUUUGGAUAAUUUGGAGUCACACAUACUUUUUUAUCAACUAUCAAGUUUUUACUGACAGCUUUUUAGCAAGCGAUUUCGUCUCUUCAUUUAUGUCUCAGCCGAUUGUCAACGGAACUGUAGCCGUCGAUACGUUCUUUUAUCUCAGUGGUUUACUUACCUUCUAUGUGACUUUACAAUUACUGGAGAAGAACGAAAGGAGACUGAAUAUUCCUGUUUAUUUGUUACAUAGAUACUGGAGGCUUGCUCCACCUCUUGCCUUCACUAUCUGUCUCACAAUGUUAAUCCCACUAUUGGGAUCUGGUCCAUUGUGGCACGAAGGAAUUGAUCACGUGGUGGAAGGUUGCCGGAAGUACUGGUGGACUAACAUGCUGUUCAUCAACAACUUUUUGACAUCAAGAAACGUGUGCUUGAACUACACCUGGUAUCUUCCAAACGACUUUCAGUUCCAUAUCCUGUCCUUAUUAAUCCUUGUACCAUUGAUGAGAUCUACUGCUCGUGGGUUGCUCAUCACCGCAACUCUAAUUCUAUCUUCCAUGGUGAUUACAGGAGCCAUAACUGAAUUCUACGGCUAUCCUGCCACCAGGUUGUACGGACUUCCAACAACCGACGAGGUGUGGGAGUUCUGUACAAAAAUUUACUUUCAACCCUACACACAUCUCGGUGCCUACUGUGUAGGAGCAAUGGUUGGGUACCUUCUCACAAAGAAACAGCAGAUUUAUUUAUCUCCGUUUCAACAAGCGUUGGGUUGGCUACUUUCGAUGGCAGGAUUGAUGUUGGUAUUGUACGGGACGUACGACUGGAACAGAGGGGAAGAAACUAGCCGUGCAGCCGUUGUUCUUUAUGCUGCCACUCAUCGGACUAUCUGGGCUCUAGCGAUAGCUUGGCUUACUGUGUCUUGUGUCUAUGGUUACGGAGGAUUACUGAACACAUUCCUAUCCUUGAAAAUCCUUGUUGUAUUAGAUAGAGUAACGUAUGCAGCCUAUCUAAUCCACCCUUUGUUCCAGCAACUUUACCACAGUCGACUUCGCGUUCAUCUCUCAGGAGAUCAGUAUGUAGGGAUAUACGGCUACUUCGGUAAUUUGAUGGUGGUCUACCCAUCAGCGUUUAUGUUUACCCUCUUCUUUGAAUCUCCAUUUCUAUCACUUGAGAAAUUACUGUUGACAAGGUUCACAGAGAAAAGAGGGAUUCAACGCUUUACCUAG